AGGUCGAUUGGAGGCUACCAUUCUCGAAUUUAAAUCCACUCUACAUCAUAUAUAGUGAUCGUUAAGAUGAGAUUGCUUGCGGCUGUAUAUCUCAAAGCAUGAUAUUCGAGCAGAAGAAGUGCAUCUUUGUGAUCACUGCCAUGGACACUGCGGCCUAGACGAACAAGUCCAGAUAACGUUGUGAAAAAACUGUUUUGAUUUGAAACACCUUCUUCUAUACCGUUUUGUACCUUUUUUUUACCUGCUGCCAACAACGUAGUAAGUAGAGAAUAGUUUUCUCUUAGAAGCGUAUACCUCCCGCAGUGCAGUACCAGUGUCCAAAUCAAUGAUGGGUUUCUUUGGAGGUUGUUAUUCUUUCCUUUUCUCCCUGUCCUUUCGUCUUUUGCAGACAAAAAACUCACCAAAUAUUCUCCCCAAAAGCCUGCCAUCCGUGAUCACAACAAGCUUAACUACCGUCUACAGUUGUUUUGUUGAUAAAGUACUCAAGAAGCCAAUCAGUUUAGCUCCUGCAGUUCAACCGAUGAAGACUACAAAAUCCACGUCAUCUUCUCCCAAUCCAACACAGUCAGCUCAGUUCGUAUCGAUUUGUUUGGACACUCCACCUUAAUUUGCUUCGGUAUAUAAGCUUGAAGUUCUAUCAAUGAAUUCAACACUGUAUCUGUCAGUGUGAUCAUUAUAGAUCUAGUAUGAUUUUCCCUAUAAGAUUACUGGUAUCAAUUACACAUUUUAAGCACAUUGCAUGCUUUCCCUUGUGUAACUAAGUAUGGUAUGUGCACACCUUGUGUAACUAAGUACACGGUAUGCUAUUUGCACAUAGCUAUUAGCUAAAGCCUGAUCUAGCUAUCAACAUGAGUUCUUCAGCUAAGCCACAAAGUGUUCGGUACAAUAGACAGCCACCAAAUGUUCAAAAAAAAACAGAAUUGAUCAAGCAUCAGACACUACCUCAAGCCAAGCCUCGAACAAAGGUAGGGAUUUCUAAUCGACUGUCAACCACCAGGAUUAUGGAACACACUAAUCUCAAAGACUUAGCUGCACAGUACUCCAAUUUAAUGCCGUUUUCUGUGAGUGUAAUUGCCGGAAAUAUUGAAUAUGAGCCAAACAUAAAAGCUGGCGAUUCUCUGGUCGUUCAUGGCCUUAAGCAAUCCCAAGUUGUAAAGAUCAUUGACCAGACUGAUGAAGCAUACAACAUUCCGUUUUACUCAGCGGCUAAAUUUGGCAUCAUUGGAAAUUUGGAUUCUGAAGAGUAUAUGAGUACCUGUUCUGCUUCCGAGAUGAUGGAAUCCCCACGGUUACCACCUAUUGUUGCCUGCCUUGGAAACUAUGUGGGAAGAGACGCUAGCAUGUCUUUUAAGCAAUUUGAAGUGCUACUUUUGAAAGAUAUUGUACACAAGAGCUUCAGGAGGAUUCGAGUGAUUCGAGCCUACAGUAUAACAGACCACGAAUCGAAAUUUAUUUCGAAAGAUUGUGAUGCUUUUUUCUCAGUUGACCCAUCUGGUGUGCAGCUGUAUCCUUCUGAAAUUCUUGAGUAUGCCUCACAUCUUCUACCAUGUCGAGCCCGACCCUUUGUUCCGAAGGAAUACAACUCCUUGCUUGAAGAUUUCACAGCAAGUGUGGUUGUUAUUGAAGGACAGAGCUCAGAAACGUCUUUGCUUACUUGUAGAAUAGAUCGUUUAACUAAAACCAAAGAGUAUCUAGAUAUCUCCACAGAGAUUAACAUCAUAGUUACUCUAAGUACUCACGAAGUCAGCACCACUAAAGAAGAUGUUGAUCAAACGAAUUAUAAAAAACUUUCGAGGCAUAGAGAUGACUUGUCCGGCUGUAUGCUAAGAAUGGUUCGAAAAGGACAUGAAAUCGAAGGAGUAAAGAUCACGACACCGAAGCUAUCGGAGCCCAGUCAAGAUGAAGAUAAAAGUUCAAAUUCAUCUGAAACAGAUGCAUAUGAUGAUGUUAUUAUAAGUCCAAGUCAGGAUGAAGACGUGUACGAUCUUGUAUGGCAAGAUAUUGAAACAACAGACUCAAAUGAAACUCAAAAGAAACCUACCGAUAUUGAUCAACCCACCUCACACAACAUAACACAUUCAGUGUUUAAACGAGGUAGAAUACCCAGCGCUCCCCCUGCUGUAGCAGUUAAGAGCUCAAUUGUAAAACAAUAUCAUAGUCGAAACUCGUGGACUGGUGAUGAAUCCCCACUAUCUGUACCUGCUUUGAGAUGGCCAAGGAAACCUCCACCAGUACCUAAGAGAAGAGAGAGCAGCUCUUUUAUUCAACCAACUAUUAAAGAUGCCGGAAACUCGAAAGACGAGCCAGGAGAUACUGUACUGAAAUCUAUUCAGAAUACACCAUCAUGGAAGAUAGACACCGGAAACUCGAAAGACGAGCCAUCAAGAGAGACUGCAUUACUGUCUAUUCAGAAUACGAAGACAGAUGCCGGAAACUCGAAAGACAAGCCAUCAGGAGAGACUGUACUGAAGUCUAUUCAAAAUACACUAAGCUUGCUGGUUGGAAAGAUGGAAAGACUGGAUGCAAAUCAAACUAUUUUUGAGCAAAGACUUGACAAACUGGAGGCAAGCAGACAAAGCACUGGAAAAAGAAGUAUUGCCUCAAUGAAACAAGUGGAAAUUCAAGAUCUUUUGGAGAAGUUGGGUAUGCCUCAAUACAGAGAUGCCUUUUCAAAGGAAUGGGUGGAUGGUGAGGUGUUUCAAGACCUCGAUGAAGAGGCACUCAAGGAACUGGGAGUGGAGUCACGAUUAGAUAGAAUCAAACUGCUUAAAGUAAUUUCCAAUGGUCAUUAUUAGAGUUCCACAU